UAGUGAUGAAGACGAUUUCUUUAACCAAUAUGAGAAUAAAAAAUCAAAGAAGAUUUAUAUAGCCCACUAUAUACUUAACCACAAUGAAAAAAUUUCAACCUCUGAAUACAAUGAACGACUUAAUCUAGAAUCUGCUAAGAUUGUAGAAAGAUUAGUAAAAGUAGAAAGUUUAGAUAAACAACAACAAAAAAAAGUGGCUCAUAUCUUAAAGAAAUUCAAUAACUUGUUUACUACUGGAUUAGAUUAG